AGAUCGAGGAGAUCCAAAAUUAAAAAUCAAGAAUUUGUAGAGAGAGAAAGUUAGAGAUAGAAAGAGAGAGAGAAGGGGAAGUUGAGGGAAAUUACCGAAAUGGAAAAGGUGAAGAAAGAAUAUUUGGGUCAGAUUUUUCAUUCAUCACAUUGAUGGAUCAUUCAUGAAUUUCUUCUGGGUUUGAGAUUCUCUUUGAUUUUUUCAAUUCAAUUUCGUCUUUUUCUUCUAAACGAUUGAUGAUCAUCAACAUCGAUGGUUUUGUGAAGUUCUUGGUAAAAUCGGUCAUUUUCGACGUCUUUUUUAAAAUCCAUUGACGAAAUCGUUUUUUAUAAUUUCUGGGUUUUGAUCAAAAAGCGAGUUUUGGUCAUCGGUUUGGGUUUGAUUAGUUUAUACAGAAAAAAACAGAGCACAGAGAAACACUGUGCGACGAAUUUUUAUAUAAAUUAUAAAAUUGAAUCCGUUUUUGCGCAUUUAAAACUAUAUAUUGGUAUGCCGGAUAAUCGGCGUGUUCAGAGGAACGGUGGCGUUGCCAACUCUUCGUCAAAUUCUUCUGUUCAUAACAUCGAAGAAGCUGUAAGGCGAUUGAGAAUUCAAACGGAUGGGAAAGAAGAUGGAAAUGGAACUGCCAUGGCGGGUUCGAUGCCCUACCCAGAUCGUCCCGGUGAACCCGAUUGUAUAUUUUAUUUAAGAACCGGCUUGUGUGGCUAUGGAAACAUUUGUAGGUUUAAUCAUCCAACCCACAUUGGUCAGGCCAAUCAACUUCAACUUGGAGGCGAGCUUCCAGAAAGAGUUGGAGAACCAGACUGUGUGUAUUUUCUAAAGACGGGUACUUGCAAAUACGGAUCAACCUGCAAAUACAAUCAUCCUCGUGAUAGGAGAGGUGCUGGACCAGUUAUGUUAAACAUGGUUGGAUUACCUAUGAGACAGGAAGAAAAAGCUUGCGCACAUUACAUUCGAACUGGAUCUUGUAAAUUUGGAGUCGCAUGCAAGUUUCAUCAUCCACAGCCAUCAAUCGAUGGAUCCAACAUUCAAUUGCCAUAUUCAUCCCAACCACCACCUCUUAUCAAUGGCGUCUCUACAUGGCCAUUACCUAGGGCAACAUACGUUUCCGAUCCUCUUUUACAGACUCCUCAAACUUAUUUACCAAUUGUUCUUCCUCAUUCUCAAGGAAUUGGUCCCACUCAAGGUUGGAGCACUUAUAUGGGAAAUUCGGGCAGCAUCUAUGGUGGACCGGGCAGCAUUGAACAGCAGUAUUCCUCUGGUUCUAGUAAUCUGCCCGAACGGCCCGGAGAACCCGAAUGUCGUUAUUUUAUGCACACUGGAAACUGCAAAUACGGAUCCGACUGCAAAUAUCAUCACCCCAAGGAAAAAAUUGCUCAAUUGGCUGCUAGCUCAUUGGGCCCACUUGGGCUUCCAUUAAGACCCGGGCAAGCAGUGUGUUCUUAUUAUAGUCUUUAUGGAAUUUGCAAGUUUGGGCCAACUUGUAAAUAUGAUCACCCUUUGAUGGGAUAUUCAUACAACUACAGCAUGAGUAUACCUAAUGCUAAUGCAGCAUCUUUGUUUCCAUAUGGAGGGGUGAAUUCGUCAACGCUUCAUUCUUCAGGGUCUUCCCCGUCAAAAUCAUCGAAAAAUGAAGGUGCUAAAACCCCUGGAGGAGCUUCGCCUUCACCUUCACCUUCACGUGCUACAUCUCCAUCACAUUCAGAAUGAUAUUGGUUUUUGUUUAGAAUUGGGUUGUGUUUUUGAGAGAUGAGGGGAGGGGGGAUUUGUUUUUGGUUCUGAAUAAAAUUAUGCAGAUGAGGGAAAAUGUUAUACUUUUACUGCUAUUACUUACAUUUUAUCUGGUAUGAAUUGUUCUUUUUGUUGUUUUUUAUGGAUGGUUUUUGUUAAUUUUAUGAGUGGUGAUGCCAUUUUUGUUCUAAUAUUUUAUUCGCUACCUUUUUUGUUGUGAAUUAUUUAAUGGG